AAGCAGGAAAAUCAAAAUCCAAUGAUUCUGAGCAAGGCCUCGAAGAUGCUGUGGAAGGUGCUGAUGAAGCCUUACAGAAAGCAAUAAAGUCAGACUCCUCCAGCCCCCAAAGAGUGCAAAGACCUCACUAAAUGCUGAGAAUGUUGUGAGGAAGAAUUUUGAGUUUUCCCAACUUCCCCUCGUGACCAAAUAAAGAUUUUUACCAGACAGGCUAGUCCUCCUCGCUUUGUGACAGUAGAAGAACUUCUAGAGACAGCGAGAGGCGUCACCAACAUGGCUCUAGCCCAUGAAAUUGUAGUAAAUGGAGACUUUCAGAUUAAACCAGUUGAAUUACCAGAAAACAGCUUGAAGAAGAGAGUAAAGGAGAUUGUACAUAAAGCGUUUUGGGAUUGCUUGAGUGCACAGCUAAGUGAAGACCCCCCAGCAUAUGACCAUGCUAUCAAACUUGUAGGAGAAAUCAAAGAGACUCUCUUAUCUUUCUUGCUGCCUGGUCAUACUAGACUGAGAAACCAGAUAACAGAAGUCUUGGAUCUGGAUCUGAUAAAGCAGGAAGCAGAGAAUGGGGCCCUAGACAUUUCCAAACUGGCAGAAUUCAUUAUUGGCAUGAUGGGGACACUGUGUGCACCUGCUCGAGAUGAGGAAGUUAAGAAACUAAAGGACAUUAAGGAAAUAGUGCCUCUUUUCAGAGAAAUUUUUUCUGUGUUGGACCUAAUGAAAGUGGACAUGGCCAACUUUGCUAUCAGUAGCAUCAGGCCUCAUCUCAUGCAGCAGUCAGUUGAAUACGAAAGGAAGAAGUUUCAAGAGAUUUUGGAGAGGCAACCAAAUUCCCUGGACUUUGUCACCCAGUGGCUGGAAGAAGCCUCAGAGGACCUUAUGACUCAAAAGUAUAAACACGCCCUGCCAGUUGGGGGAGCAGCUGCUGGCUCUGGGGACAUGCCCAGGCUGAGCCCUGUUGCUGUCCAGAAUUACGCUUAUCUGAAGCUUCUGAAGUGGGACCACCUCCAGAGGCCGUUCCCCGAAACAGUUUUAAUGGACCAGUCUCGCUUCCACGAGCUCCAGUUGCAGCUGGAACAACUGACCGUCCUGGGGGCUGUGUUGCUGAUCACCUUCAGCAUGGCAGCCCCAGGAAUUUCCAGCCAGGCCGACUUUGCUGAGAAACUCAAGAUGAUUGUGAAGAUUUUGCUAACAGAUAUGCACCUACCCUCCUUCCAUCUGAAGGACGUCCUCACUACCAUCGGGGAGAAGGUGUGCCUGGAGGUGAGCAGCUGCCUCUCCCUGUGUGGGUCCUCCCCCUUCACCUCGGACAAGGAGACCGUGCUCAAGGGCCAGAUCCAGGCCGUGGCCAGCCCCGAUGACCCCAUUCGCAGGAUCAUGGAAUCUCGAAUCCUGACCUUCUUAGAAACCUACCUUGCCUCGGGUCAUCAGAAGCCAUUGCCCACAGUCCCUGGGGGACUCAGUCCAGUUCAGAGAGAGCUGGAGGAAGUUGCUAUUAAAUUUGCUCGCCUGGUCAACUAUAACAAGAUGGUCUUCUGUCCCUACUAUGAUGCAAUCCUCAGUAAGAUCCUCGUCCGAUCCUAACGUGUAUGCACCCUACAGCAGCAGUAUUACUCACUAGCCGCAGAAUACCUGUUCUCAACUCUAAUGUUGCAUUGGAAAAUGGCUAUAUAGUACAUGUCUAUUUAACAGCAGCGAUUCCAAAGGGAAGAAUAUUGUGUAUCACUGUUGAAAAGACUUGUUGAAAACUCCAGUGAAUUCUAUUUUGAGAGAUUGUAUUUAUGAGUGCAAGUUUACAAAUCAAAGAAGCUUUUUGUUCUCGAGUUUUAUGGGUAACACUCGGCUGUGUCUCCACUCCUCCCCCAUCAUGUCCUUCUAAGGAGGCUCUUCUGCAACCUGGGUAGUUCUUUCAGAUGCCCCAUGCCGAGCUGACAGCCAUCCAAGCGCAAAAGAGACCAAGCCAUGGCCUCACCUCCUGCCCUCCCUCAGACAGCCUUGUCCCUCACCCCUCCCUCCGGGUAGUUUUGUUAGAAGGGCUACAGAACGUCUUAUUGCCAUUUUCUCCCCCUAUUUAUUGCUUCCUCCCUGCCUGGCCUAGCCAGGGCUCCCAGGCCCUUUUUUCUAGAGGAGAGUUAUUUGUCUCUCUCUCUUUUUUCUUUUUUACUUUUUUAAAAAAUAUUUAAACAUUCUUUCUUUUAACCUUCCCCCAAAGAUACAGAGUUAUUGGACUUUAAAAAGCUUGUUCUUUUAUACAAAAUUACUCCUGCAUCUAGGUGAGAGCAGUUAUGACUUAUGAGAUCUAGUGAAAGGAAAUUAUUUGACUUUCAAGCCUUGAAAAUCAAGGAGGAAAUGUUUUGAAAAAUACUUUACUGUAAUGUAAAGGAAGAGAAAUGUCUGGAAUUCUUACUGAAAAAUUGACUCUGAGACAAUACGCAGAUGUGUUGACUGAAUUAAAUUCUGGAAUUAGAUUUAACUGUUUUCAGAUAAAAUAGCUUGAGUUCACGAAUCUCCUAAAUAAGGAAGUCAUAGAAAAUCCCUGGUGUUUGAGCAUUAUUUUUCGAGGAACUUCAGUGACCAGAAUUCCUGACAUGUCCUCUGAGUGUGAGUGAUUUGGGUCGCAUAGAUGAUCUGUUCUGUUUUUUUUUUUUUUUUUUAAGUGUACACGUGCAUGUGUGCAUUUUAGACAGGGACAUUAUAUUAGAAGCAGAGCCAUGAAACUGGAAUGACCUCCAACUGCCAGAAAAGCAAGUAAUAUUGGCACCUAAAGCCUUCUGGACAGGAAGCUAAGAGAAACUUAGAAGCUGGCCGGGCGUGGUGGCUCAUGCCUAUAAUCCCAGCACUUUGGGAGGCCAAGGCAGGCAGAUCACCUGAGGUCAGGAGUUUGAGACCAGCCUGGGCAACAUGGUGAAGCCCCAUCUCUACUAAAAAUACAAAAAUUAGCUGGGUGUGGUGGCACGCACCUGUAAUCCCAGCUACUUGGGAGGCUGAGGCAGGAGAAUAGCUUGAACCCGGGAGGCAGAGGCUACAGUGAGCUGAUAUCGCACCACUGCAUUCCAGCCUGGGCAACAGAGUGAGACUCUGUCUUAAAAAAAAAAAAAAGAAAAAAGGAAAGAAACUUGGAAGCCAUUUCAGAAAGACUCCAGGAAGGCUAGCAGUCGUUCCUACACAACCAGGGGGAAGGACUACAUUUUACUGCAAGCAGCUGUUUUCUCUGAUCCUUCUUUGUAAGGAAAUGCAGUGAUUUUGUGUUUUCAAGGAAGACUUGAAGAAGCAGUUGGGUAGGUAUUCCAGUAGGACUGAUGGGGAGGAAAGCAGAUACUCCAUGAGAAGGGUAUCAGACCCAGUAGAGUCAGAAUACAUUCUGCUUUCAGGAUUUUUGAGAUUGCUGAUGGUCCCAGGGUUUAUACAAGGACUUGGAUCUGGCUGUAGAAACUCAGGUAGAAAUUACAUGUAUGCAGAUCAGAGCUGAUGUUGGUUCUAAUCUAUAAUGAUGUGAUAAAUUAAAACAAAACAAAAAACAGAGCUGGGCAUGGUGGCUUAUGCUAUAAUCCCAGUACUUUGGGAUGCCACAGCAGGAGGAUCACCUGAACCCAGGAUUUCAAGUCCAGCCUGGGCAACAUAGUGAGAUCACAUCUCUACAAAAAAAAAAAAAAUUAGCCUGGCAUGGUGGCACACAUUUGUACUCCCAGCUACAAGCUGAGGCUGAGGCAAAAGGAUCGCUUGCACCCAGGAGUUCAAGGAUGCAGUGAACUAUGAUCGUGCCACUGUGCUCCAGCCUGGGUGACAGAGCCAGACCCUGUCUCUCCUCAACAAUAAACGUAGAGCCAGAUGUAUCUUUUUGGGUCCCAGGCAGAAGACUGGAGAAUCUGGGUCUCUGUAAUCUGGCAGACUGGCCACAUUUUGUGAGGGUACUUUUAUUCAUAUUUAUUAUUUUUUGUUUGUUUGAAUGUGUGCUUUUUUUUAAAUAGAAACCAUAUCACUUCAUUUGUUACAGCAAAUGAUUCAAGAGGGCCCCAGAAAGCUUUUUCAUCCACAGAAUUACAGAAAGGAUAAGUACCCUCACCACCCAAGCCUUUGGUUCAUGUUGUUGUUUUGUUUUAAUCUCUGUUCUCUUACCACAAUGACAUGCUGCAUCCAGAAUGGAACUCUAUCUUCAAGUUUGUUUGUUUGUUUGUUUGUUUUCGAGAUGGAGUCUUGCUCUGUCACCCAGGCUGGAGUGCAGUGGUGCGAUCUCAGCUUACUGCAAACUCCGACUCCCGGGUUAAAGCGAUUCUCCUACCUCAGAUUCCUAAGUAGUUGGGAUUACAGGCACGUACCACCACGCCUGGCUAAUUUUUGGAUUCUUAGUAGAGACGGGGUUUCACCAUGUUGGCCAGGCUGGUCUCAAACUCUUGACCUCGUGAUCCAUCCGCCUCGGGCCUCCCAGAGUGUUGGGAUUACAGGCGUGAGCCACCGCACUUGGCCUGUCUUUAAGUUUUAUACUAGUUAAGAGGCUAGUCUAUCAGAAUGUCCUUAAUUUAGCUGAGGAAUCUGGACAAGUCUUCCUUGAUUUCAGCUUCAUCCCAAGGCCCGUGAAUGUUUUCUUUAAAAAGCUGCAGGUGAAUGAGGUAAAAUGAACAGAGACAUGAGACAGAAAUCAACAGAAGGGCAAAGAAUAUGGCUCCCACAGCUCUUCCAAGGCCAAAAAGGCAAAAAGCAGUGUAACCACUACAUAGCCCUUGGGAGUCCAUGCCUUUAGUUUCUCCUGUAACAUGAGCCACAGGACAAAAAUCUGGAUGGCAAGUGUUACCAUGAUGGAGACAUGCAGGGACUGGGGAAGGCGUGAAGCCAAGCCUCCAGAAGCCAAGAUGGCCGUGUUCAAGGAUAGUUACUGGAUACAAUGGAUACAAAGGCAUCAUUGGCACCAUAGUUAAAAGAGAUGAGGUGGCCUAACAGCAUGAAGAGCAACAUGGCCUAGAUGGUGUCAGUGCUGACAGACUCUGGCAAGGUCUUAGCACUGGUGAAAAGCCAUAAGUGAAAGUAAUGAAGACUAGGGCACUUUUCAGGUCAGCCCACCGGAUCCACCCACUCUUCUGCCCUUCACUUCCAUCAGUGAGCUCAAACAAAAUAUACCCGAUCAGUGAAGAAGCCAGGACAGUCCCAACAAGCCAGUGGGGGGCCAGAAGACCCUCAUCCAUAUACCACCAGAUAACCAGAAACACACAAAUACUGCACAGCUGCGGGAUCAACACACUGGACUCAAAUACCACAGCCCAAUAUUGGUCUUUCCGAGCAUGGAUGUUUUUCCGGAGCUCUUCCAGGAACUGCUCUUCCAGGAACCGCCGGUCCACACAGUUAUCAGGAAAUGGCUGUUGCUCAUACAAGACCCUCUGCCACUUUACCUCCUUUGUGUUAGUUACAGGUUGGGCACACAUUAUCCUUUCAUUCAAACUCAGGCCAGUUUAAUCAUCCCUCUCAUAGAGGUCCAUGUGGUUCUUGUUGAUGACAUUUUGAAAUGAGACCUCCCUGGAAAUUCCAUGUCUUGGUUGAUAUUCUACCGACCUUUCCUGGUUUUCAGAGGCAGCAAUCCAGGCCAGGCCUACAAUAGAUGAGUUUGUCUCUGAGGCAGGAUAAUACAGCCAAGUUCCUGCCUGAGAGUUCCUGGGCAUGCGUGGCUGGGGGAUGGCAGUUGCCUGCCUUUUUCCUUGUAAGGGUACUUUUUUUUUUUUUGAGAUGGAGUCUGGCUCUGUCACCUGAACACGGCCAGGCAGGAGUGCAGUGGCACGAUCUCGGCUCACUGCAACCUCCGCCUCCUGGGUUCACGCCAUUCUCCUGCCUCAGCCUCCUGAGUAGCUGGGACCACAGGCACCUGCCACCAUGCCUGGCUGAUUUUUUUGUAUUUUUAGUAGAGACGGAGUUUCACUGUGUUAGUCAGGAUGUUCUCAAUCUCCUGACCUCGUGAUCCACCCGCCUCGGCCUCCCAAAGUGCUGGGUUUACAGGCGUGAGCCACCGCGCCUGGCCGUGAGGGUACUUUUAAAGAAGAUAACAUCUUCCAUGGUGUAUUCAAUGAGGUCAUGUCUGGAAUUGUUUUCUUGAGGUGGAGGCUGCUCUGUGGCCACUGUGCCUGGCAGUUGUAUGAUCCUGGGUUCCUGGGCUGAGAAGCCUCAGCCUCAGAGUGUUGGGGGCCUUUUCGACCCGCUCCAAGACUGAGGGAGAGGAGCUUACCCCCAGCUGCACAGCACUGAUCACCACUUCCUGCAGUCAUUCUUCCUAAAUCUCAAAAACUCUUCCUUUUUAAGAGUAGAUUCUUGCAAGGUAUUUUUCCCCUCCUGAGUUCUUACAUUGCCAGAGUUCCAUUUGUACAGUUUGAAAUCUUGAGGCAUGAAUAACUGACUUCACAGACUCUCUUGGCCCCCCACUACCUCAGUGUCCACUGGUGGAAUUCUGCAACUGGCAAAAGUCAAGAAUGAAGGAAGCAAACUUCAGAACCACAAUAUUCAUAUUGAAUCAUUUUGUUGUUGCUCUAUGAAGAUAAGUAAGCUAAUUUUCUUCCUGGAAUCUCAUAGGAUUAUUACUAAGGGCCAGGGAGAUCCGCUUCGUUCAUUUAGUCACUCAGGAAGCAUUGCUAAGCAUCCCCUUUACCGUCCCCUACAGCUCUCCUUCCAAAACGAAACAUCCUUUGGAGUGUGUUGUCCUUCAGAAUCGAAUGGAUUCUAUAUGCUGCAUUCAGUAACAGGUUGUGGAGACAAGUGUCUCUUCCUGAAAUUGCUAAGUGUAUUUGGCAGUAGUACUUUACUACUUGUAGAUAGAACUGAGAGUGAGGUCAGUAUCACCAAGCCUCUUGGAUUUCUUCAGUAGUCUCAUGGAUGAGUGAAUGUUUAGAGCAGUAACUGCUACUUUGUUGGCUCUUGGUUGGGUGGAUGGAUUCUCAGUCCUGGUGUUUUUAAAAAUCUCAUUCCGGCCGGGCACGGUGGCUCACGCUUGUAAUCCCAGCACUUUGGGAGGCUGAAGCGGGCGGAUCACCUGAGGUCAGGAGUUUGAAACCAGCCUGACCAACAUGGCAAAACCGUUCUCUAUUAAAAAUACAAGAAUUAGCCGGGUGUGGUGGCACGUGCCUGUAAUCCCAGCUACUCGGGAGGCUGAGGCAGGAGAAUCACUUGAACCCUGGAGGUGGAGCUUGCAAUGAGCCGAGAUUGCACCAUUGCACUCCAGCCUGGGUGACAGAGUGAGACUCCGUCUCAAGAAAAAAAAAAUCUCAUUCCGUCUAAAGCAAGCUACAAAAUGUGAUUAUUUAUGUCACAAUAUGACUCAGCCAUAAAUGUACUUCAGGUAAGAAGCACACUAACAUGAUAUCUUACUGAUCAAAUGCAGUCGGUAGAUAUAUAUGAAUUUUUUUUCUCUGUGAAGAAAAGCUAUUAAUAAGUUUGACUUAAUAGGCCUAUAGUAUGCACAUACUGGCCAAGAUUCUAAAUGGAUUAUUCAGCAGUUGUGUUUUUGUGGAGGUGCUUAUUCUCAUUUCUCCAAAGCCUUAAGAUUCCUGGGAAUAGAGGAAAUGUUGCUGCCACCAACUUUGCUGGUGAAUUUCAAAGAGAAUAGGUGUUUGCUGUUUGAUUUCCGGUAACCUUUUGGCGAGCUCUGAUGUAUUUGUAGAACAUUUGUGUUUCUUUCCAUUUUGAGGCCAGGUGGUAGAGUGGAAAGACUGGGAGCUGUCAGGAAACCAGGGCUCGAAUCUCCACUCUGUUAUGUACCAGCUGGGGCAAAUCAGGGCCCAUUCCCAACUCCUUUAAAAUGAAAAGACUAGACUUGGUCUUUAAGCUCCCUUCCGAUUCUAACAUUUUGUGGUGGCAGGAUUGUGCACAAAGAAUUAGAGAAAUAUCUGGUUUUAGUCUUUUUUCCUCUAUCGCCGCCUUACUGGUUGUACAACAUUGAGCCAGUCAUUCUCCCCAAGGCCUCAGUAUUUUCAUUGUUAAUUGGGAACACUCCUAAUUCACACUGUUGCUGUGAGGAUUACAUUUGGUAAUGAACGUUAGAACGCUUUGUACAUGGAAAAGGACUAUACCUUUCUUUUUUAACUACAAAGGCGAACAUGUAACCCCGUACCUGUAGACGCACAUCUGCUGUGGUGGUACAUUCCACUGUUAGUGCCCAACCUCCCUUCUGUCAACCACAUUUUACAGGCCUGUAGGGAAGGUUUUCUUCCUGUCCUCUCCCAACACUUGUUUACAUUCAUCAUCUCUUCUGUACUAGAGCUGCAGUCUUACGUUUGCUUACUUCCUGACAUCCACCUCCACCCCAGUGAUUUCUCCCCAUCUGCAGCUCUAUAUUAUUUGAACUAAAUGAAUCCAUCAAUGAACCAAUGAGUGGAUGAAUGAAUGGUAAUGGAUAAUGGUCUAUGAAGUCAUAUUUAAAGGCACUGUCUCAUUUGUAAACAAUCUAAAUAAAUAACUACAAUGAUA